AUGAAUCAAAUGAAUGUAGGUGGGAUGAAUCCCGGGGCUGGUGGCCCUGUGGGUGGAAUUCCCAUGAUAAACAGCGCUUCGACGGCCCCCCGCGAUGGUGCGAUGCAUAACGUCCAGGAGACAAUGAUCAACCAUCUCAACACGUAUAUCUAUGACUACUUUCUCAAGCGGGGUUAUCAUGACUGCGCCAGGGCGUUGGUGCAAGACGAAUCGAUUAAACUGAACACGGAAGGACCAACAAAGACGAGUCCUGGUCACCGUCGCGAUGGUGACGCGAACGGUGUUGACGGCGACACCAUGAUGGGAGACAGCAAAGACGGUGAAAAGAUCAAAAUCCCCGAUGAUCUACCACGUCCCAACUUGCCAAGCGAUAGUCAGCAGUCGUCUUUCCUGCUCGACUGGUUCAGUCUGUUCUGGGACAUCUUCUGGGCCCAGCGCAAGCGGGGCAAUAGCAAUGAUGCUAAACAGUAUCUCCAACACACCCAGAACAUGAUGCGCCUCAGAGAACAGCAGCAAAGUCAUCUAUUACGCCAACAGCCGAUGAUGCCUGGCCAGAUGGGUCAGCAGAUAAUGCGCCGCAAUGGCAUGGUCCCUAACCUGCAGAAGACGGUUCUGCAGAAUAACUCCGCGUUGAUGAACAGAACCCAGCAGCAAAUAGCGCAAUUCCAGAAGCAGCAGAUGAUGCAGCAGCAGAUGCAGCGAGACCAAUCCGACAUGGAUAUGAAUGGGCACCGCCCGCAGUCCCCGUCCUCGGCUGAGAAUGCGCCAUCUCCUUCGAAACGGCCUCGUCUGGAAGGCGCCCACAUGAACGGCCAGCAGAUGCCGCCCAACGGACGCGGACAGGGACAGGGUAUGCCCGGUCACCCGAACCCGCAGACUUUGUUGAUGCAGAAUGGUAUCACGCCCGCAAGGAUGAAUCCGGCACAGUACCAGGCUUUCCAGCAGUCCGGUCCGGCUGCUCAGCAGAAAUCUAUCCAGGUAUAUGCUCAGAACUUGGCUCUACAUCACUCUCGCUCAGCAAUGAAUAACCAGGGCAUGCCGAACGGCUUGAUGAAUCCCGGUGUGAUGCCGAACCAGGGAGACCUGAUGCCAAUGCCGGACGGCCAGGGAAUGUUGCCAAUGGGUGAUUUCUACAACGCCAACGGUCAGAUGGGUCAGGUCCGCCCUGGAAUGCAGACACCAGGCGGUCAAAACGGGAACCACGCUCUCCAGGACUAUCAGAUGCAGCUGAUGCUGUUGGAGCAACAGAACAAGCGGCGUUUGAUGAUGGCCCGCCAGGAACAAGAUAGCAUGGCCCGUGCCGACGGCCAGCCUAUGCCCGGGCAGCAGGGGUUGCCUCCGGGCACCUCGCCCCAGGGAAGCAGGACCGGCACGUCUCCGAAUCCGAACGAAAUGAAACGAGGGACGCCCAAGAUGCCGCAGACCGGACUCCCGCCCGGUUCGCCCAGCGCUGGUGACGCCCGUGGAUCCCCGGCUUCCAUGAACUUCAACGGCGGUCAGAUGCCCCCCGAGAUGGGCGGACCCUUCUUUAUGAAGAACAUGCAGGAGGGCAUGAUGGGUCCCAACGGAAUGCGUCCUCCUAGCUCGAACCCGGCUUUCAGCGGUCCUCAGAUGGGCCAGCCGAUCCAGCAGCAUGCCGGAGCUGGAAACCGAGUUCCUGGCGGAAACUGGCAGCAACAGCAACAGGCCCAGCAGCAGCAGGCCCAGCAAGGCCCGCAGGGUCAGCCUAUGGUACCGCAACAGUCCCCCGUCAACCAGCCCCAGGCCGCUGGUACUCCGCAGGACAGAGCGGGUGCGAUGGGACCUCCUCAAGCUCCGGCAGCUGGUGGUGCCAAUGCUGGACGAACUCAGCCCUCGUCUCCCCAGACCAGCGGUGCGCCGCCGACGCCGCAGCAGGCGAAUAAGCCACCCCCCAAGGGCAAGAAGGAUGCCAAGGAUAGCAGAAAGCGUCCGAAGAAGGGAACGGCUGCCGCGAAUGCGAACGCCGCAGCAACUCCUUCAUCUGAAGCGGAACCGCCCCCAACCCCCACCCCAUCUACGCCAAUUACUCCCCAGCAUCCUAACUCCUUUAACAAGGCCGGUGGAACGAAUGUCACGAAUGCUGCUCCCCAGCAACCGACAUCCGCCCCGGCGCCGCAGCCUAUGGCUCAGCAACAGCCUGACCCCAGCCAGCAGUCGUUUAACGAUCUCAAUAUCCCGGAUCCUUCAACAUUCAAUCUGGACUUUAGCGCUCUGGAGAACCCCGAUAUCCUGGAGAACUUCGAUUUUGAUACCUUCCUGAACACGGAUGCCGACACCGCCGGUUUUGGGUUCGACCCCAACGUAUAUCCCACGGAUGGUGUCGAAACAGGCGCAGGCGAUAGCUUAUAGGCGGAGCGGAGCACAUAAUUCUCUGGAAAAAAAAACCACCGAAAUCACAUUAUACCCAAACUUGUACAUUUCUUCUUCCCUUUCUCCUUAGCCUCGAUUCCGCCUUUUUCACUCCGCUUCUCCGUUCGUCUUCGCUGCGAGAGGGUUGGAUUGAUCUUGGGGUUGGCGUUGUGUAUCUUUUUCUUUUCGUCUAUUCUGCGCGUCAAUAUCUCCGCCGACAUAUUAUAUUCGCUUUGUGAAGAGGGACGGGCAUGGAGCGGGGUAUCAAUAGUUUCUUUGGUCCCCUAACCUUUAAUACCCGCGAUGUAUCUGUGACCUGUUUCCACGUCUUGUCUGUUACUUGUGCUCAUUUUCUAAAUGGCGCCUAUAUUUCCGGCAUUAGUUAUUUGCGCUCCGUCCAUGGGUCGCUUGACCGCCUUGCGCUAUAAUUAUUUUUUUUUUC